GUUGGACGGACACUUCGGGGUUGAAUCACUUGAAUCACACAAGAAAUGACCAGGGAUUGACAAGGGACAUGGACAGAUCAGAAGAGUAACGGACCAGGGAUAUGCCAAAUUACCCUUCCUAUUUGUUCCCUACCUGUGUUAAGGACCCUAAACUUCCUCAAUCUUAUUCUCUCUUUCUCCCAUCGCUCUGCCACACGGACGAACCGCCAGCGCUUAGCGUUACGCCCAAUCCAGCUUCAAAUUUCGUUUAUUCCCUCCCCCCAAGCCCCGGUGCCGUUUUUCAUCCGUCCAUUGUUCCUUACUAUCAUUUUUUUUUUCUUUACAAGGUUUUUCAAUCUCACUAUUGGGUUACCGUUCUUUGGAACUUUUGGAUGCCAAACGUUUCAUGUCUUGCUCUUUAUCAUUUGUCUUGCAUGCGAGAUACAAUGCACCUAGCAAUGCAGAGUACCCAUGUAUGUAUCAUUCUAUGUAUGUAUGACGAAGCAAAGUAAAGCAGGCGAACCAUGACAUGUGCGCCUGUACGCCGUAAUACACUGUACACCAUACACAUC